CUGUCAGAUCUGUCAGCAAAGGACCCCACACUGCUCCAACCAGCCAGCCAGCGGCGCCAUUUAGUCUUUACUUGGAUUCCAAGUUCACCCACCUCCCUCUCUUUUUCUCUAUCUAAUCCUAUCUUUCAAACAUCUCUCCCUAAUAAAAUCCUCUUCUCUUACUUCCAUUUCCUCUUUAGAAUAGAAUCCUCUUCUAUUCACAUAUCACAAACUCACAAACAACUACAAAGAAAAAGAACAUAACAAAAGAUAGAAAAAGAUGUUCUCAAACUUUCAACAACAACACCACCAUCACAACCUUUUUCAAACCUCUCGUGAAUGCCAAACCUCAGAAGACGAUGAAAGCCGAGGCAGCGGUGGGCCCGCCACAUUAACACCCCACAAACCUUUCUCCGCAAUAAGCGGAGGCAGCGACGGUGCUACUAUUGAGAUUGGCCGUCGGCCCAGAGGCCGUCCACCUGGCUCCAAGAACAAGCCCAAAGCCCCACUCAUAAUUACUCACGAGCCCGAGCCCGCGAUGAACCCACACAUUCUCGAAAUCCCAGGAGGUAGCGACAUAGUAGAAGCAAUAUCCCGGUUCAGUAACAGAAGAAAAACCGGGUUAUGCAUAUUAACCGGUUCAGGUACCGUCGCUAACGUUACACUCCGUCAACCUUCGGCUCCUCCAGGCACCACCGUUAUCUUCCACGGCCGUUUCAAUAUCCUCUCCAUAUCCGCCACCUUCUUCGUCCCAUCGGAAUCUUCGCCGUCAUCGCCGCCGAUCCAUAAGGAAUUCUCGAUCUCCCUUGCUGGACCUCAGGGUCAGAUUAUUGGAGGGUUUGUCGUUGGGAGGUUGCUGGCUGCUGGUACGGUGUUUGUGAUUGCUGCUUCGUUUAAUAACCCUAGUUAUCAUAGGUUACCUUUGGAGGAGGAUGUUCGGAAUAAUUCAGUUUCCGGCGGUUGUGAUGAGAAGUCGCCACCGUUGUCCGGUGGUGAGAACUGUUUGUAUAGCUGUCAACUUCCUUCUGAUGUGAUUUGGGCUCCAACGCCAAGAACGCUUUUCUGAAUUCCGAUGAAUAAUCUUUUUUUUUAGCUAUUUUUGGAUAUUUAUUAUGGGUGAUAUUUGGUUUUAGUUGUGAUGGUUUUGUAGAAAUUAACUUUGUUUUUGUAAUUUUGUAUUAAGUAGUAAAUUAGUUGUUAAUUACUACUACUACUUUGAUGGAGAGUUUGUUUUCUAAUUUUAUUUUAGUUUUUGGGUUUGUAAUUGAAUUUUUUGCUUUUUUACUUUGUUGUUGCACUUAACUGAGAAGAAAGCAAAGUUCGAUAUGAUUUUC